AACUCCAAUUAUCAAACAAGCUUUCAAUCAAACAAAAUUAAUUUCAAAAUUUAUGAAUCAAACAUUGAAAAUGUGUCUUACCCCAUCUCGAAUUUAUAUACGCACGCUUUCAAUGGUUUGAACCCUACUCGUGGCAACAGUCACCUGCGCAAAUGUCCGGAGUCCUUCAACGGUAACCUGCAGUUCUGCUCCUCCCCGUCUGCAAACAGGUACUGCUCCGUUCGCGCAUGGAAGGAGGAAGAACGAUUGAGUUUAGGCUGAAGCAAAUCUCGCUAGUUCAUCCAGCGAGAUUUGCCACGCGUCGAUAGCCGGGUGAAUGGACAUUUCAAAUCCGAAGUAAAUCUCCCUCUUCCAAGUAGCGAGAUUUGCAACGUGUCAAAUGGCGGGUGGCCCAGCAUUUAAGUAUUCGAAGCAAAUCUCGCUAGAUGAACCAGCGAAAUUUACCACGCGUCGACACGAACUCUUUUUUCAAAAGUAAAUCUUGCUACUUCAAGUAGUAAGAUUACGUCAAAAUCAUUCAGAAAAAUAUUUCCUAAAAAGGGAUAUUAUUUAAUAUAUUUUUAAAAAAAAACAUAAUCUCAGAAAACACUCAACUCGUAUCUCUGCGCAUUUUUUCCACACAAGAACGGUCCAAUCAUUCUCAAUAUGAUUGGUCCGUCAUCUAUCUUGGUCAAUUACAGAGCAAUGCCACCGCUACUACUGGGUCCACUCCCGCCCUUUUCCGGUUAGUUCCGCGGAAACCAAGUUAGUUCUUCUUCUCGUUUCACACUUUCUAUUGUGCGCCACGUCCACCCGGCUCACUUUAGCUGUCCCCAGUUCCCCACCACUCCUUCCCCGCCCAUUUUCCAGUUCUCACCUUUCAGCUCAUCGCUUCCGCCGCAACCUCCCUGCGCCCCAAUCCUGCUUUCCCCAUCCUGAAUUAUCCUAAUACUGAACUUUCUUUCUUCAAUUUUUUCUAGGGUUUUGAUCCAAAUCUGCUUCUUCUUUUUUUCUUUUUUUUUUCAUAUUUCUUCCCCUCCUACCACCAUAUGUGCAAAUCGAAAAGGGCCGUCCAAGUAGCAGAGCCCAGUCCAGCAGCUCGAAGCCCGCGAACCGUGCAAUCUCCCCGACCUCGCAGGCCCACAAGACCUUCUACUUCCGGAGCUUCUUCUUCAACCUCAGAUCCCUCCACCAGCAAUCCCGCGACCGCCACCGCCACCGACACUGGCACAGGGUCCAGCUGGAGAACCUCCGCCUCUAGCCGAACUUCGCUCUCCAGCCUCCGCGACUCUCUGCCGGAAAACCCCCACAUUUAUGACUUCGCCGAGGUCCGCUCCGCCACCAACAACUUCCUCGCCAAGCGCUUCUCUCCGUCGUCGUCCGCCGCGUGCUGGCGGUGCUCACUCCGUCGUAAGGACGUAAUUGUGUUCCAGCGCAAGUUCCGGCGCUCGAUCGAGACGGCGCAGCUGCGAGAAAUGUUGUCCGUGGUGUGCCGGAGCCACCACAUUAGCAUAAUUAAGCUAUUGGGGGUUUCGAUUUCUGGAAGUCACAUUUACCUUGUGUACGACUUCGUAAAUGGGGCAAGCCUCGCCGACUGCCUCCGGAACCCUAGAAGCCCCGAUUUCACCGUCCUCUCCACAUGGGUUUCCCGCAUGCAGAUCGCCACCGACCUCGCGCACGGUCUCGACUACAUCCACAACAACACAGGGUUGAAGAUAACCCUCGUGCACAACCACAUCAAGAGCAACAGCAUCGUCGUCACGGAGCCUUCGUUCAACGCCAAAAUAUGCCACUUCGGCACGGCGGUGCUGUGCGGCGAAGCCACCGACGAUCGAGCGCAUGUUUCUCCUCCGCCACCGUCGCAGAGUGGCGGCGAAAUCACCGAGAUUGUAGAGGAGGAAUCGUUGUCUUCAAAAUCUUCGAAAUUUCAGCGAUCGGACAGCAGAGCGACGCAAUUCGAAGGCGCGAGAGGGUACAUGUCGCCGGAGUUUAGAUCCGCGGGCGUGGCAACGCAGAAAUCGGACGUGUACGCAUUCGGAGUGGUGAUAUUGGAACUUUUAUCCGGGGAAGAGCCGCUGAAAUUCAAAUUCGAAAAGGAGAGAGGCAAUUUCACCAGAACAUCGGUGAUCGAGACGGCAAGAGCAGCGAUAGACGGCGAAGGCGAAGGCGAAGGCGAAGGCGAAGGAGGAGGAGGCGGCGACGAUGGUGGGGGAGGGAGCGAGGGAAGAGUGAGGCGGUGGGUGGACAGGAGGCUGAACGACUCGUUCCCGGUGGAGGUAGCGGAGGAGAUGACGCGUCUGGCAUUGGAUUGCGUACACGUGGAUUCGGAUAAGCGGCCGAACAUGCGCCGCGUGGCAGGAAAGAUUUCCAAGCUUUAUCUAAAGUCGAGAAUUUGGUCCGACAGCGUGAGGCUUCCCACUGGUAUAUCACUCUCGUUGGCCCCUAGAUGAUGAAUGAUGAUAUGUUAUUUCCUCGACAAAAAGAAAAUCUUAAUCAACAGAUUUUUUCCCGUAUGAUUUUUUCUCCCCCAUUUUGUUUGGUUAAUGUUAGGGGACAGUCAGGAGUCAGAAGAGUUUCAUAAAAUUAAUGUAUGGACUGAAAUUUAAUUUUAUGAUUUCUUUACAUUAAAAAUAUAGAGAAUUUUAUAUUUAA